GACACAAUGUAGGAAGUAAAUUCCAGAGCUCACCGUUCUUGUUUUGACAGCUCGAGCCUAACGUAAAAUUACACCUGCCUGCUUUUAUAUGCUCUCUUGUCUUUUCUCCUGUCGUUUCUGAGCAGUUUUCGAUUUAAAUAACCGACGCGACUGGCUGUAAACAUUCACACCACGGUCCGUGAAACUGCCAAGGUAGUAACAGUCCAAUGAGUCGCAGUCGAAACCCCCCUCCUCGGGGUCAAGGGGCAGCACGAGCCAAACAGAUGGGGCUGCUCCUCGACCUAUCCCCGGGCGGAGGGAUGGAUGAUGACGGCAAUGAUGAAGAUCUGGAGGCAGAACUGCUGAAACUGGUGGGAGGAGGUGGAGGGAGAACGCAAGGGAAGAAAGGUGAUGGCAAAGCUCCUGUUCCCAUGGCAGAUAUAGAGCGAAUGGCAGCUCUGUGUAUGAAAGACCUGGAUGAUGAUGAUGACGUGGAUGGUGAAGAUUUGGAUGAUGAUGAAGACCUGCUGGCAGAACUGAAUGAGUUUUUAGAGGAUGAUGAGGAUCACACUCCUGCUCCGACCCCUCCUGCCGUCACACCGACCGCUCCCAAAGCAGGCGUCACAUCCCUUCCUGCUGCUCCCAGCGGUGCAACUGGGUUGGAGUCUCGUCUAUUGGAGCGCAUUGAUAUGUAUAAGACAGCCAUUUCGAAAAGCAAGGCUGCAGGGGAGACAAGCAAAGUUCGAAGAUAUGACCGAGGUUUGAAGACAUUGCAGUCCAUGUUGACAUCUUUCAAGAAAGGAAAGCCUGUCAAUGAGGAGGAGAUCCCGCCUCCAGUUGCUCUCGGCGGAAAGACCAACAUCCCAGCAGAGUCUGAGUCCAUCAAAGAACGAGAGCUGCCGGAGCCCGCCCUGAUACCCUCUCCUCCCACCAAUCAGAAGCCUCUGAGGGAGGCGCCUCCUGCAGCUCCUAAUGCGAAACCUCUGCAUCUGACUGUGCCACAAAAGCCUAAUGCUGCCAUCACCCCGGGAACACCUGCCAUCUCUCCCCUCACCCCCUGCCAGCCCAACGCACAGCACUCAGGUAAACAAAUAUGACCACAUUCAGUCACCUGUGGACGCCUCUCCUCUUCACAACUCACUGGUAAUGUGAACUGAAUUUAUAAGAGCAAAAAUGUGGCGGUAAUAAUAAUCAUAAUAAACUUUAUUGGUAAAGCACUUUUAAAAACACAAUUACAAAGUGCUUUACACAACGAGAUCUAAUUAUGUACACGGUCAAGAUUUUAAGAACGAAAACAUCAAAAAUAAUAAAUAAAUACAAAUAAAAGGUGUAUCAUGAAAACAGGCAAAAGGGUGAAAAGAAGGAUAAACAUAAAU